AUGGUCUCCUCCCGUGCUCUGGCUCUCGUAGCCCUCUUUUCAUGCCUUACGUACGCCGUUCCUUACCCUUCUGAUGGCAACGCUCCGCGUGCUCUCGCUGAGCAUCUCAAACUUGACGAAACCCCCACAGACUCCGCCGACAGUCCUGCCAUGCUCGUCCGCCGUACUACCGGCGGUGUCGUGACGGGCCCCGUCGCCGUCUUCAGCAUCAACAACAAGGACGGCGUUGGCGCCGGCGCCGACUCCUACACCUUCUACCGCGGUGACGGAUCUGCUGGCGCUGGCUGGCCGUCCAAGGACAAGUGGGUCUCGUUCGAGAACAUGUGGAACACCAACAAGGACCAAAUCCUGGCCAAGUCUUGCGGCUACAACGGAUGGGGUGCAGAUGACUCGUCUGCUGAGAUCCAAGCCAUUUACGACUCCAUCCAGACUGUCGCCACCGAGACCAAGGUUGACCAUCGCUUCAUCUUGGCAAUCAUUGUCCAGGAGUCCAAGGGCUGCGUUCGCGUUCCCACUACAGGCAACCCUGAUCCCAACAUCUUCAACCCCGGUCUGAUGCAGUGCCACAGUGGCGAUGGCACCUGCGCUAACAAGAACCCGUGCCCCAACUCUGCCAUUUUGCAGAUGAUCCGCGAAGGCUCUGCCGGCACGAACAAGGGAGAUGGCCUUGCACAGGUCCUCAACAAGGCCCAGAGCACUCUCCAUGACAGCGGCGCCCGCACCUUCUACGCUGCAGCCAAGUAUUAUAACGGCGGCUCCAUUCCCCCCAGCAACAACCUUGAGGACGGCUGCUGCACGCGUUGCUACGCUAGUGAUGUGGCUAAUCGUCUCACCGGCUGGACUUCCGCUGCCACCAAGUGCAACCUUUGA